ACACUGCUGCGACCAAUGCAGUAACAGUCUGCAAGUACAUCGUAAACGGAACCUCCUCAGUCGCGGCACUGACAGUUCUGUAAUUCCAUGAGAAGCCGGGGAGGGUAGGAAGUGAAUGGUGUGGAAGACGUCAGUGUCAUUCUAUGAAAAGAAAUAAAAUUGGGAGUUAACGUCCCGUCGACAUCAAGGUCAUUAGGGACGGAUCUCUGUUAAGGACUUUUAACUGAAGAUUCAAACUUCGUGACUCAGCAAUGACAGAAUUAGCAUUGAAGCAUCUACAUCCAAAUUGGACAUAUAAAUGUUCCAAUGAAGUUGAAGUGGAAGAAAUUGGUACCUUCGAAAAAAAAAGCAUAACCCACUCUAUGCCAAGUGAUUUGAAAAUCACAUCAGUUGUGAAGGUUAUGAAUCCAUAUUUAUGGAGCUGUUAUCAGCUGAAAAAGGCAGAAUACAUGAAUCGAUAUGGCAGUGUUACGGAAAAAACUCUGUAUCAUGCUACAAGCAAAAGUAAUAUUGACUCUAUAAUUAGGAGCAACUUGGAUUGGAGACGUUCAUGUCGAAUCAGAUUUGGUCAAGGUGUUAGUUUCAGUCCAUCACCCAGUUAUGCCAAUACAUAUUGUAACAGGAGAAAUGGCAUUUACAGAGCAAUGAUUGCUGCAACUGUACUAGUCAAUAAUACUGCAGAAGGUAACAGCUGGACUACACUGCCUCCCACAGAUAUUGAUACAACUGUUGGAAAUUCCUUGCAAGUUUAUGUUAAGUAUAGUGACAAUGAAUUUUAUCCACAAUAUGUCAUUUACUACAAUAUUUGAGUUGUUCAAUUUUUUCCAUCCUUUCUUCAUGAGAGUGCAUACUUUUGUAAUUAUUGUGUAUAUUUGAAUAA